UACUUUCGCCUUCUUCUUUUUCUCGAGCUUUUUCCCUGUCAUCGGAAAAGCAAAAAAAAAAAAAAAAAUGGCGACCUCAAACCUUCUCUCCCCUCUUCCUUUGAACUUCCCCCACAAAACCCAUCACUCAAAUUUCCUAUUUUCUCCAAAUCACCAAACUUUUCUCUCUCUAACCAAACCAAGACCCAGAACACAAAUCAUCUCCCAAUCCAAGGGCAGCAAUUCCGCCGACCCCCCGGACAGGAUAAUCUCGGCCAUCUGUUACUUCUACCCCUUCUUCGACGGCGUACAGUACGGCAAGUACGUCAUAACCCAGUUCAGCCCCAUCCAAGCUCUGAUACAGCCCUUGGUGCCGGCCAUAAGGGUGUUCAAGAGCUUUCCCUUUAAUGGGUUUUUGGUGUUUUUGACACUUUAUUUUGUGGUAGUAAGAAACUCAAAAUUCAGUAGAUAUGUAAGGUUCAACACUAUGCAGGCAAUUGUGCUUGAUGUUCUUCUGAUUUUUCCGGAUUUGUUGGAGAGAAGUUUCAAUCCAAGAGAUGGGUUGGGGUUGGAUUUGAUGAUGAGUUUGGAUAGUACUGUGUUUUUGUUCCUUUUGGUUUGUUUGAUUUAUGGGUCUUCCUCUUGCUUGCUUGGUCAGUUGCCAAGGUUGCCCAUUGUUGCUGAAGCUGCUGAGAGGCAAGUUCUUUAAGAGCAUCUACUAGUAGUAAAGCCAAUUGUAAUGGUUUUAAGUGAGAAUUUUAAGAAAGAUUUAUUAUUGUUAUUAUUAUUAUUAACUUUUGUACCAGAAUGUUGUUUAUGUUGGCUGGUUCUAAAUGAUUAAAGUGAUAUAGAAAUUGAGAAUUUUAUUUCUUGUUUUUGUGUUUUUGAUGGGAUAUUAAGAAAUAGCCCUUGUUAGCUAUUUUUGCAGAAGCUGCUGAGAGGCAAGUUCUUUGAGAACAUAAUGGGUUUAAGUGGAAAUUUGAAGAGAGCUUAGAU